AUGAAGCCUGGUAGAGCUACUGACGUGCAGCGGCCUCAACACUCACCUUCACAUGCCUCUCUUCCUCCAAAUGCCUCUUUCCCUACACAUGCCUCUCUUUCUUCAAAUGCCUCUCUUCCUCCAAAUGCCUCUCUUCCUCCAAAUGCCUCUCUUCCUCCAAAUGCCUCUCUUCCUCCAAAUGCCUCUCUUCCUUCACAUGCUUCCCUUCCAUCACAUGCCUCUCUGCCUCUCAACGUAUCCCUUCCUGCACGCACGGUAACCUCUCUUCCUCCAAAUGCCUCUCUUCCUCCAAAUGCCUCUCUUCCUCCAAAUGCCUCUCUUCCUCCAAAUGCCUCUCUUCCUCCAAAUGCCUCUCUUCCCCCAAAUGCCUCUCUUCCUUCACAUGCCUCUCUUCCUUCACAUACCUCUCUUCCCUCACAUGCUUCCCUUCCUUCACAUGCCUCUCUUCCUCCUUCUCAUGCUGCUCUUCCUUCACAUACAUCUCUUCCUUCACAUACCUCUCUUCCUCCAAAUGCCUCUCUUCCUUCACAUGCUUCCCUUCCAUCACAUGCCUCUCUGCCUCUCAACGUAUCCCUUCCUGCACGCACGGUAGAGGAUUCAUCUUCACGCAACCUCUUCCCGGCUGGUGUCUCAUCACUUAACUUCCCACCUGACACUGUGGCGGCCACCCCACCAUCUGUCCUUGCUUCACUAAACCGUUCUCCCGGACUACUAAUGAAGCCCGAUUGCCAGCAUCCAAGCUGCCUCGAGUCUUUUUGUUCUUCAAAUUCAUUAGCUCAGCUUAGCCCAGCCCAACCUGUGCACUCAUCUUCACCGCGCAAGUCCCAGGCUCUUGUUCAUAAUUCGUCCCUGAGGUGCAACUUGCUCGGGUAUUCUAGUCGCUGCUCUCCCCACAAAUCGCACUUGUUUGGCAUGUCAAGUCGUUCGUAUCAUCAUAAGUCACACUCGCUUGGGUACCCAAGGCGUUCUUCUCCCCACAAAUCUCAGCCCCUUGGUCCUGCGCAAUCAAGCCGUAAGACUCACUCCUUGGGCCACCCCAAGCACUCGUCACCUCGACCGUCUCACUCGGCGUCGCUUUAUUCACGUCGCCACCGUCUUGACCCCGUCACGCUCUCGCCCUUUUUGCCCGAGCGUUCCAGUAGCCACAACCUACCUCUGUCAUGUGAGCAGUAUGAACUGCAGCAGGGAAGAGCUCGCUUGGAGACCUCUACCUCCAGUGAGAGUAGCAGCAGCAGCAGCAGUAUAUCAUCUAACAAUUCAGAGUGUUCAACAUGUGCUCGAUCGCAGUCGCUUUCUUUGGGAUCGUGCAAUUCAUGUUUUUUGUCUCGAAAUGCUUCUCAUACUCUGGAAGCUGUUGGCUCGGACAGUAGCGACUUGAUGCCUGUGUUUAGCGAUGCCAGCGAUAGCUUCUCAGCGUGUGACGUGCCCUCUGGCAACAAGCUUGCAGCAACUGAAGGUUUUGCCUUGUAUAAUACUGAGCAAGUUCUUAACACCGACCCCGCGCUCGUGUAUAAAGACGAAUCCAACUUACUUGGUAGUGCCAACUGUAGCGGAGUGCAGCGUUUUGAAGGCCCUAAGAACAGGAUUGAAAAUUGCAAUAACCAGCCGAGCUUGACGGACGCAAGUUUGGGGGGAAAUGCCGGCAAGCACCGCAGUGCCUUCAACUCCCUCGAUUCUUGCUACUCUGACCAUCUCAGCAACUGUACAGAUAAUGCCCGCGACCACACUGGCGAAGCUGUGGGCUCGUGCGCUUCAUCCCAGCCCUUCGUGUGCAGCCCACGUCCUGCCAUGCCUGUUUGGUGCUGGCCCAAUGAUAGUUCAAGCUGCAACAUGCCGGCCUUGUUAUGGCCAACUACUCCGCAGUACAGUCCCUACUCAGCCCCGCCCAUGCUCCUCCAACCUUCACCAGUUGCUUCCUCUUCGCCGUUCCACUCGUGGUUGUGUCCUUGCCAACAUCCCUCUCAUUAUCCCGCCGCUGCCCCGCAUUUCUUCUACUCUUUCCCCACGCCUUCCUCACCGUCCGUGACUGCUGCUCCUUCUGCACGCAAUUCCUCCAUCACGUCUCAGUGUUCGGGUCAGUGGCCCUCACGCAGUCAGGCUUCUUCUUUAAGCGCCUCGCCACCGGCGGCUGCUGCAGCGAGUGUAGGCCAGCCAUCGCACUACUACGCGGUCUACUCGCCUUACCCCACCGCGCACACAAGCCCCGCUGCCACCGUCAUGUUCCACUACCCUGGUCUCGUGGCGCUGCAGGAGAGUCAUCAUGGCCUUGGUGACCUGGAAAAUGUUUCCUCUGUGAACGCCAGGGAUGUUUCAGGAGUGUCCAGCAAUUCUGGUGUGGAGAGUUGUUCAGGGACGGAAACCCGCGCCGUUAGUUCGUGCGGGGCUUCUACUUCCGUCCUGUACUCGAAUACUCUGUUGGCGCACUCAGUCCCAGGCAAGCAGACGCCCGUCUUUGAUACUCAUGGCUCGAGUGGUUGUCAGACCUCAGAAACUUCACCUCCUCAUGGCACUUUUACUGCUGCUGCUGCUGCCUCGCCUCAAGGCACCUGUGCUGCUGCUGUACCGCUUUGCAGCCCAGGUAUGACGACUUUCUUCACCAAUGCUGCUACUGCUGCUGCUAAUUCUAGCUCGACUUCGAACAAGGCCCCUACAGCUGCAAUGUUUUGUGAUCAUUUGAGACCUACGAGCAGCACUUCUCCCACUGCUGGGGCCAAGUACAGGAACGCCGAUGUAUCCGCUACCACUGUUUCCCCAGCAAUUUCUGUUUUCCCUGCUCCUGCUGCUCAAGUUCCUUUCUUGGCUAAUCCUUCCACUCCCUGCUCAUCAUUUCCUAUGCAUUCUUUGCUUCGCGGGCAGAACACCUUGCCUGCUUUCGAUGUGCCACCCGCACGUUAUGUUGAAGCAAACACCUCUGCUAUUCAGUCUCCUACAACUUGUUCUGCUACGGCUUCUCCAUUUCGGUAGCGUUUGUAUGCUGUAAAACGCGUUCAAAAUUGGAAUUUGAUUAUGUGAAUACCGAAAUUUCAAAGUUGUAUCUCUAUUACCGUAUAUGCUAAACUUGCACCAGCUGUGGUGAUAGCAUAACCCAGUGCAACGUCUUUGCCUCAAUUGGCAAGUUUUCAUCUAAUUUCUCGUCACGUGUGCGUGCUAAAGAUAUUAUUCUAUAUGACAAAUUAAUGUCGUUCUCCUUAGAAACAUCGGGUGUAACAACUCGACUGUAGGCUUGCAAUAUAUUGUACCGGUGCAUUUCUUUUGCUCACCAUAAAGAUUCUGUCCACACGAUACUCGUACGUUGGUGGUGCUGAUGUUUUGCAACUGCUCUUCUCCAGUUCUAGUUUUGUUCAACGUACAACAUCGCCGCGCGUUUGCGAUAUGUUCACUCAUACGGAGUGGGAUGUUCGUCUUCUGAGCAGAGACAGUUGCUCGCAGGCGUUGUAGCUCUGGCUAAUAAAAAAAAAUUAUUAUGUAUGUCACGUCAAUUUCGCUAUAAACGCUGAUCUUGCUCUCGUUGGAAUAGUGUCAUGGAAAUGCUGUAUGGUUUACAAAAUUUUUGUUCAGGAGAUGGAAUUUUGGUUAAACAGGAGGAGGGUUGUCGGAGCUGCACGGUGCACUGAAGACCCUGUUCGAUUUCCAAGCGAUGCACUGAAAGCGAACCUGACGUCGUCGUUCUUGACCGUCUUUUGUAGUUGAUUGUUCCGUUAAUCGUUUAGAUGAGCUCCAGUUCGAUUAUAUGUGCUUAUCAUUUAUCCAGGGAAAGAAAACCGAAAAUUUAAAUUGUAAUGUUAGUAAUCAUUUUUAUUUUGAUGCAUUUGCACAUCCAUUUUGUACGUUGAUCGCAGCAGAUUGUAGGACAACGAGAAUGAGACGGAACUAAGAUGUCGGUCGCACUGUCGUGUUUAGCUCGACAUGCGUCCAUUCACGACUUCAUUCAAGUAACGAUAUCAUAAAGUCCUAGUAAAACUAUAGCUCCUAGUAUCUCUUGUAAGUGAAGAUGAUUGUAGUGCAUCCUAUUUAAGUGUAUAAUAGUUCUUACAUAGUUACAGUUAGCUGGUGACUCCGAUGUAAGCAAACAUUCAAAUGCUCUUACGUUGCUGACUUGAGACCUCGACGCGUACGGCGUGAGACGAGCACUCAAGCGGCCGAGCCUUGCGACCCUCCUGUGAUUUGAUGGCGUUGUUGAUGUUCAUUGUUAAUGGUUGCCUUCAGUCAUAGGCUUUUCUUAAGACCCUCACGUUUUUCUUAAUUGUUGCUCACGUGUCAGCAGAAAUCACCUGACUAUGCAAAACAUUGUUGAGUAUUGCGUUCUGUAUUUCGAGGGUCGAGUAGAAGAAAACAAUUGAAGUUUGUGCGCGUGACCCUUUGUGGUAAUGUUGAUACUGAACACUUGAUUCCUCUUGUUCAAUUUAGUUAAUGGUCGCUGAGGCAUUACGCCUUCUUCUCUGAGGUAGCUCUUCAAAGUUGUAACGUAGCAUCGACUGUGUUAACUUCUUCGUUAUUUUACGAUUAAUCUUUUUCAACAUCUCCCUGAAGCGGAUCAUAAAAUUUACUGGCAUUAAAAUGUGCUCUUUGUGGCAUUAGUUGCGUUAGCGUGAGCCGACACGGGGUUAGUUCCGAAGAUAGUUCUCCGACUACCUCUUAAUUUAACGUCGUUUAUUUAUUUCAUUUGCUUAAUCAACAUAUGAUUUUAUCUACGUUUGUUGAACAAAGAUCAAUUGUGUGAAAUGUCUCCGCAAAGCCGCCUCGUGCGACUACACUUCACGUGCCAGAACCAUACCUUGUUGAGUGCCAAGUACGCGAGAUUCUCUUGAUCGUAGUUGCUUGGCAAUAUCUAUGCAUACCUUUUCGAUUGAUGCGUACACUUAUUACUAUGAGGUAAUGUAGGUAUUUAUCGUUCUUGUUGUAGUAACGUAGGUGCGGUACAAUGCCUUGCAAUGCGAGCAGUGGCGAGAUAAACCUUUAAUUAGUAUCGCCUAUUGUACACAGCAAUACGAGCGAAGGUCGAGUAUAGCGCUCCCAUCUGAGAGCUUCCUUGUCAUUUCAAAGUACGGCAAAUGCAAUAAUUCUAACCUAACUGAAGUUGGCAGUCAUGUUUAGCUCCUGUAGUCUGAAGAAAUAAUUACAUUUUCAUUUACACUCUCGUGAACAUUCAAGUUUAGCUGUGAAGGGCUCCAGUUUUUGAUGCGACACUUGCUGUUCCAUGCUGAUGUAAAUUUUGUAUCAUUUUAUCAAGAAAGACACCGUGUGUUUGACGGAGCAGUCCUGCAUCGCUGUUUUCUAGAAAGCAUAGCACGUGUCUCGCCCUUCGACAUUUUUUAUUGUUAUUUUUUUUUUGCAAAAAACUUGAUUUCAGUGUCCGGAGUAGCAAAAUCUUAAAACGCCAUGAAGGAAAUAUUUCCAUAAAAAUUUGAAUGCCAGUGUUCCUGAUGAUAAUGAUUUAAUAAUUUGAUACCAUAGAUAUUGUUGUUACAUUAGGUUUCGUGCGAGGAAUUAAUCUCGGCGUCCUGAAGACAUUAUUAAUUGUAAUGCCGAUUAUCGGGGUUAACAUUUCAUAUGUUAAUCACACAAAGUCCCUCUAUGCAACCUAGAUAGCCGAUGCGUGAACCCGCCAUGUUUUGUGACGACUGUAGCUUCCGUAAAUGCCGUCUCUACUGACUUGUCUUCUUGGUGUUUCUGUAGUAUAUCUCAUUAUACGUUGGUCUUCUCGUCCAUUGCAGUUACUAAUACCACUACUCGUACUGAUUGAACUUGUCAACGGUACUAUGGUGGCCGUGGCGCUGCUGCAAGGUGCUUCUGCUAGCACCAGCUUGUGGUAGUUUUUGUUGUAGUCACGUACAUAUAUUGUUAUUGAUCAACGAAACUUUAUAAGGCACGUCUUCCAUCUUAAACUUUUUGAAUUUGUUGCUAGAGAAAUGUUAUAGGUUCUAUUUUUUACUGUAAUUUACCAAAGUUUGUAAUUCUGUGGCAUUUUCGAUCAAAUGCAGGACUCGUGUAACUGAAGCGGACCAUCCAAUUCUUGCGUUAUAUUUGGUCGCGGACGAUGUGGUUGACAAGGCUAGUAUUCCUCCUACCUUCUGGGCACUAAUUCUGAGCUCUUAAUACACGAUGUUCUCUUCUACUGAUUCUCAAAUCCUUCUUCGCCUUUAUAUACUUGUGUAUUUCUUCAUAGUGAACAUUGUUUAGUUCGGCUCCUAAACCUAGCAUUUCCUCGAUAGAAAAUUAUUAUUGUGCGAAACUUAUUUCUGCAGUAGGUUCAGCUCCUCAACUAUUCGUUGUCAAAUUGUAAAUCUUCCGUGUCAUCUGCUCUAACUUUAGUUACGAAUGAGAUCCAGCUACCGUCAAUCUCAAGCAACUGUCAUGUGAUGGAUGCAAUCUUAUCUUCUUUGAAUAUUUUCUAAAGCUAACCUUCUUAUCUUCAUCUUCUUCUUUUGUACCAUGAAGCGUCGCUCCCUUCUCUCCGUUGUACCCGCUGACCCCUCAGUUCCCUCCGAACCUUGGUCUUCUAUUCGCUUAUCGCGGUUGUUUUCUAAGUCGUUAUUGACCAAUUUGACUCGCUGUUAUUGCAAGCGAUGUGCCUUCUUGUUGUUACACCGUUAGACCCCGAGCAGCCUCCGCUCCCGGGAAAUUCGUUGGUUACGUCACGCGCAGGCACGGCCAGUUGCUCGCAAGAGUUCUUUGCUUGCGAACAUUCAUUGCAACCUCAUGCCUUCCAAAAAGCGACCUGGCUACCGACAUAGCUGGCAAUUGAGAAGUGUUAUUCUUCCGAUUUGGCCUCGUCUUGACCGUGGCAUUAGGUUUCUUGCCAUUCCCUUCCUUUAAUUUGCGGUUGCCAGGACACGUUCUCGCGUUGUUGCGCCGCGAGUCCAGGUUUCACGUGGAAGUUUCCCGUGUAGCGUUAGCUGUUAUGUUGAUGUUUCAUUCUAUUGUAUUUUAGGACGCGGACGAUGCACGAAGAUCGUAAUUCCGCGGCUCUGAUUGGAUAAAAUUGUUUUGCUGCAUCGCCCUCUCUUGGUGCUCUUGCUAGACAAUAACGCUCUCACCUCUUUAGUGAACACUUAAUCUCAUUCGUAGAUGAUAGAAUAGUGAAAACCGUAGACAUUAGUAGUGAGUAAUGUGGUGAUGCGAGUGUUUGGCGUGUUAUGACGACCGUCUGGUUCCUUCUUUGGUGUUGUGCGUGGUGUGGUCAUGUCAUCAUAUAAGAACACUCGUAUGAGCACAUCUUGUGAGCAUGCAACUCUAGAGGUUCCGUGUCAAGGUUCUUGUGGUGAUUAUUUUUGUCAGUGUUUGACCGCGUGUACGAUGCUCGGUGUUCGUCUUAUUACCUGAAUUUGAUAUUACCUUGUUGAACGCUGGAUGUAUCCUAUAUCUGAGAGCCAAACAGCUAAUAUCUAAUGGCUUAUUUGCGGCUUCACGCUUCAAAUUUGAAGCAGAAAAUUCUGACUCCAGCUAACGAUGAUACAUUCAGGCAGCGUUUACCUCUGGGCGUUUCUCUGAGAUGGCCAAUAUUGUAUAAGAGUACGAGUAGUAUGAAUAAUUAAUUUCCUUUUGAUGAAGAUUAUAAUGUAGUUGAUGUUGCACGAAUGCAAACUCGCGAUUAAUUGUCUACUUCUGUGAAAUUUUUCGAGUGCGUGGAAUACUGGUUAUCCUUAUGAGCUUAAGGUACGAUAUAAAGUCUUAGGUUAUCCUGUAAGUGCGGAUCUGAUUCUUUCUUGUUUCUGUUCGUCAUAAACUCAUUGAGAUGAGAUAAAUUUAAAGAGUAUUUAUGAAAUUCUAUUGAAAUUGUCCCUUAUUCCAUUCUCUGUAUAAUUGGUUUAGAAAUGUAAUCAAUAUUUAAUGAAAGUAAGUAUUUAUUUACUCUUUAUCUAACUAGACCCGAUGUGUCUGUUGUUCCAAUGGGGUAAGGUGCUCCGGGCUUUCAACGUGAAGAUGGAAGUCGUAACUAUAAAAUAUCCGGAGUUUAAUUCCGUUCCAAUUGAGAAGAUUCUUAUACCUACUUCGAUCGUAAGUGAAGUUCCACCGAAUGAUUGUUAUCUAAAAUAAGUGCGCAAUAUUUGCCUGUCAUUAUUGUCGCGAACGAUCAGCUUGUAUUGUAGUGUUCUCGCAUACUGUUUUCCAAUGAGACCAAGUCUUUAUUUGAUUGAUAUUUGCGUAGGUAUUUGCUUUGUAAUUUGUAUUGGUCCACUUUUAACUCCUAUUCUUUUGCGGGUAUUCGCUUCAUACUCGGAUAUAGGUUCACUUCUAAAAUCUCUCGACACAAAUGUUACCCAAAAGAUAUUUUGCGGUGGAUCAUUUUCUUUAUGGUAGGGUAACGAAACGAGCCGUGUUAGUAUUACAGUGUCGACUUAGUACACCAACUGCUAAGAACUGUUGAAGUACUGAUUGCCUAAUUGAGCUGCUUAUUAAUUUUCAAUUUUACAGUUGCAUUUAUUUUUUCUAAAUUCGAUGUAUGACCAGCUGUAGAACUUGGCAAAAAUAGGUUCGUGUGAACAAGUCUUGCUAAUCAGUACGCACGUGGCAACCGAGUGAACUAUUUCUAAAUGCUUCUUUGUACCUCAAUAUUGAAUCGUUACGAGUCGCAUAUAUUGUAGUGUGACUAUUAUCUUUCAUAUUAUUUCAUAUUUACUUCGUUUGGAAGCAAGGGUCUUUUUCAAGAUCCAGUAGCUUCCAAGCGUCAUUUUUUGGGCUGAAUUUGGCCACGUCGAAACGUUGCGAACAUGUCAUCGUCUAUGACGUUAUGGUCUUCUUUGUUGUACACAGCAAUAGCUUGAGUUUGCGCUAAUGUUUACGCCGCACGUACUCAUUGCGAGCGCUGAACCAGAUCUUUAAGUUUCUUAUUGUAAAGCCAAACGUUGACAGACUUCAUUGGCAGCCGUAUCUUCGUAAUUCAAACGCUGGCGUGGUUACCGUAUAUUUUAUGUGAAAGAAUUGCCCUUGAUUUUUUUCUUAUGGUAGCCAACAACAAAGUGUAGCCUUUACUGACUUUCUAUUGUCUCUGCAUUUAACGCGGUUAUGUCUCUCAUAUGCAUGAGUCUCGCCCGUCAUGAUGAUGGACGUAGAGAGCAUGAGUCUCUCGCCCGUCAUGAUGAGGGACGUAGAGAGCAUGAGUCUCUCGCCCGUCAUGAUGAUGGACGUAGAGAGCAUGAGUCUCUCGCCCGUCAUGAUGAUGGACGUAGCUCGCCGCGUUGGUCGGUAAGCGUCACUGUAAGCAGCGCUGUAAAGCCUGCAUUGGAGCAGCCUGGGAGGGCGACCUGAUGCUCUGCGCAUUUGCUGUUAAUAUCUAGCACGGCUAUUACCAUCUCUAUGUAUAAUAACAUCUAUAUUUUAUAGUCAUUCUGUACGGAGAUAUCAACUUUUUUUUGUCUUGAUGAAAAUUUUUGAGUUCUGUUUGUAUUUCAGAAGCGAUGAACAUGUACGGAUUUGAAAAUUUUAUUUUGGAAUGAUAUUCCGGUAUAGAGUACAUACCGAUUAUAGUGUUUAAAUUAGACGUAAUCCUGUCUCUCUGGCUCCGGCUCUACGGUCAAAGCUGCUUCAGCUUUACUCCCAUCACUAUCAUUGUUAUCUUAAUUUUUCAUUGCUAACUUCAUAACAAUUCAUCGAGUGGUUUUCAUUAUGAUUGAUGCAAUAUUUGGAAUUAUCGAGUUCUACUUCAGAGUUCUUGGUGAAAAUUGUAUUUUUUAUUUCCCGUAGAUGCUAUGAUGCCCCUCACAGAUGUGGUUGAUUAUCAACUUUUGUAGAAAAUUGCGUGUAGAAUUUUUGCGACCAUUUUGUAGAGAAUUCUGGAAUUAUUAAUUGAUGGGAUACUCCAUAUGAAGUUGAAGCUUAAGAAGACUUGACCGUGAUGCCGGCGCCGAGGCGUGCACAUAAUAGUAAGCGUAAUUUUAGUGACGGAGACAUUCAACAGAGAAGAGCGACUGCAGAUCAGGACAACAGAGGGAGUGAGGUGCAGGAUGAAAACCAAAGGCGUGAGCAUUUGUUAUGAUGAACUGUGACGUCAACUGGGCCAGCCAAAGCUUGUACCGAGUGCCGGACUUGUGAUGCUGUGAGUGGUGCAGCGCAAGCGUGUCGUUUGAAUAGCUCGAAGGUUUACCGUGCGCGGUAGCCUCGUCUGAAGCCCUUGACAUCGCAAGGUUCAUUUAUGGUCACGACGCUCUCCUCUCACACCCCGUGUAUAAUUUAAUUAUCAUAAUUAAAACGCUUCUGUGUAUGGUUGUACUGAGUCCUUGGGUUACAAUUGUGUAACAAUAUUAUUCAUCACAAUUGAAAUUUGUUCAAGAAUGUUGGAUUCUUAAGGAAUUGUUUAAAUCCCGUCGAUCAUCGGGGGUCUCCUGCGGAGUGUAUUUCGCAGGAUACCUAACCAUUCAGUUUUUUAUUAGAAAACUUUGUAAAGAUUUUUUUAGAUGUAAUCAAGUCAAUUGCGUUUCAUAGCACCUUGCAUUAAGGCUACUUUUCUGUUACGAGUAGAAAUGACUGUUCUACGUUCAUCUUCCAGCGCAGAAAGAACUCACUCCCUCUGUUCUAACGUCCCCUGACACCCAUUGAUUUGUCGUACUUAGCAUUACAUCAUGUCCCUGUUCAUGUGUAUAAGAGGUACAUGUGUUUGUGGUACUAUCGAGUAAAAUUAACUGUGCUCUU